CCCGUCCCGGGGUAGCUCCCGAAGGGCCCGGCGAUCCCCCUGCGCCCGGUGGGAUUCGUGCCCUUGUUGGAAGGGGCCCCCAAAACGGGGGGUCACUUUCCUCCAAGCCUAGACUGUUCUCCCAUCUCCCAGGGCCCCCGUCUUCUCCUGGCGCUAAUCCUCCCGCUGGGAAGCGCCCCUGCCUUGCGGGGAGCCGUAGGGACCGAUUUCCGCUUGAGGAUCCCACCCCAGGGACACUGCCGGCUACGGCAGAGCAUUUGUGAGGACUGAAGUGUCAUUCUAAAGCCAUUUUAAAAAUCAUGACAAGCUCAAUUGGACAGAAAAAAGGGUCUUCAAGGCAACGGAAGUGUGGUUUUUGUAGGUCUAAUAAAGAUAAUGAAUGUGGACAACUAUUGAUGUCUGAAAACCAGAAGGUGGCAGCACAUCACAAAUGUAUGCUAUUUUCGUCGGCAUUGGUAUCUUCACACUCUGAUAAUGAGAGUCUCGGUGGAUUUUCUAUUGAAGAUGUUCAAAAGGAAAUAAAAAGAGGCACUAAACUGAUGUGCUCUUUAUGCCAUUGUCCAGGAGCAACCAUUGGUUGUGAUGUGAAAACGUGUCACAAGACAUAUCACUACUACUGUGCAUUGCAUGAUAAAGCUCAAAUAAGAGAGAAACCCUCACAAGGCAUUUACAUGAUUUUAUGCCGAAAACACAAGAAAACUACACGUAACUCUGAAGCAGAUUUAGAAGAAGGUGUCAAUGAACACGAAUUGGAGCCUUCACCUCCCAAAGGAAAAAAGAGGGGUCGUAAGGGAAAGCCAAGAAAAACAAAUCUCAAAGGGCAGUCAGAAGACACUAGAUCUACAUCCUCACAUGGCACAGAUGAAAUAGAAAGCAGUUCCUAUAGAGACAGGUCUCCCCACAGAAGCAGUCCCAGUGAUACAAAACCUAAAUGUGGAUUCUGUCAUGCAGGUGAAGAAGAAAAUGAAGCUAGAGGAAAGCUUCAUAUAUUUAAUGCCAAAAAGGCAGCAGCACACUAUAAGUGUAUGUUGUUCUCUUCUGGCACUGUCCAGCUAACAACAACAUCAAGGGCAGAGUUUGGUGAUUUUGAUAUUAAAACUGUACUUCAGGAGAUCAGGAGAGGAAAAAGAAUGAAAUGCACUCUUUGCAGUCAGCCGGGGGCUACUAUUGGAUGUGAAAUUAAAGCCUGUAUCAAGACUUACCAUUACCACUGUGGAGUACAAGACAAAGCUAAAUACAUUGAGAAUAUGUCACGAGGAAUUUACAAACUCUAUUGUAAAAACCAUAGUGGGAACGAUGAAAGGGAUGAAGAGGAUGAAGAAAGAGAAAGCAAAAGCCGUGGGAAAUCAGGCUCUGACCAUAGUAGCAUUCCUCAGCAACAACUCAAUGGAAACUAGGUUCAAGGGACAGAGUUAGAGAACUGGGAAUGAAUAAGACAUCCAUAACUACUAAUACUUUUUAAUUGUUUUCUAAGAUCAGAAAAGGGUUAGUAACUUUUUACGGCCCGAUUCUGUUAGAAAUUUCAUUGAACUGCCUGAAACGUUCAUGUGUGUGAGCCUUCAAUAAGUGGCAGAGUUUUACAUGUCAAUAUUAUGUAGUUUGUAGUCUGCAGUGUCUGGAAAAAAUUGAAACACUAUAUAAAUGAUAUGUAAUAUGUACAGUGUCAAAAGUUAAGGCAGACAUUGAAAUGAAGUAAGCUCUAUAUUUCUGGACUGAAUAAAAAUCUAAGAUUUGGAAUGUGUAAGUUGUUUAGUGGAUUCAUGCACCAAGGGAAAGUCUUAGUAAGAUUAAUUCACAACAUGGACAGACAAGUCCAUGGUGGUAACAAGCUGGUAACUCAUGAGUUUUGCAUUUUCUUUAUAUACAAAAUAUGGAGGAUAAAUGUGUGUGGGGGGAAAUCGCUCUCUGUUUUUGCUUGCAAAGCACACAGUAGAAAAAGAACUCAGUGCACGCAGAAGCAUGCUUGAACCUUUCAGUUUGUUCCUGUUGUGAUUGUUCCUACUGCCCAGCAUUCCUUGCUGGAGAUUUACUUGAGCAGCUGUUGGUUACAAGCUGCAAGCUUCCGUACUCAUGCCAAAGGGCUGUAGUUUGUUCUUUCCCCAACAGUCCACCUCUAUAUUCCUAACGUACCAAGAACCUCUCACUAAGUGUGACUCAAACUAACUUUUGGAAGCUGCAACCCAACGUCUUUAGAUUUCGAAGAGUUACUACUUUAACUUCUAUGGAAUUUAGCCACCUUAUCUGACAUCCAUAGCUCAAGUGCUCUGUGUUGCGUGGAACACUUCAUGUUUUGUCCAAAAUACAUAUACAGGUCCCACGUGUUGUAAGGAGAAGGAAUCAACUUGGGGGGCGGGGGGGGGAAAUCAGUAUUUAUUUUGAAUCUUGUGACCACUAUAUAAGAAAAUCUUCUUACCAUUCUUAAUGCUUUUAGCAUUUGAUUAAUUUUUCUUGUCAAAUCAACAAUCAUGCCAUGGCAUUUCAUAUACCUAGAGGUCAAUGUUCCAUUAGAGAAUAAUCAGGUUUAGAUUAUACCAAAUCUAACAGCUCAGUUCCCUAACUUUUUUCAUACAGCUCUGGCAUGUCUAGUUGCUGAUAAAUAGCUUCUUCUGCUGGUCCAAUUGAAGCACAUCAGCCGAUUCAUUUAAAAUAAAACCAAAAACUUAACUUAAUAACUAAGUCUUUUCUAAUGCUUCCGGGCAUCUCAUUGCUUAGGAAGGGUUCUGGCUCUUUCUGAAUACCCAAUAAACCGUUUAGAUUUGAAGUAAAGCAGUAAGCAAGAUACUCUGACAAUUUGACUAAAAACAGCUAAGGUUCAUCUGCAGUUGAUAUUAAGAAGCAGUUCAUUUGUAACAAGUUUCUGUAGCCUUUUUUUACUUGUAUUUUUAAAAGAUUUAACAUGUCAUUGUCUUUUCAUGUGUUUCUUUAAUGUCUCAAGGGACUCAACUGUUGUAUAUUAAAUUUCUAACACUUUACCAUGUUAGAAUUCAAUCUGUUUUGGGGGAAAAUGCAGUUUUAGUAGAAAUAUUACUGUGUACAGAAAAUAUUCAGUUACUGCUCUAAACAUGCCAUUGAUCAUUCUUAUUUUGUAUUUGUAACUUUCAAAAUUAAAGGCAUGACUUGAAUUGCAAUGACAGAUUGAUUGAGAUUGUUUACCAAGGUGUUUGCUUUUUUCUAGAAUAUGAACAUUUUUCAGCUACGCAGAACGGUUUCAGAAUGCAAAAUGGCUGUCACCCUGCCUAGAUUAGGUUCUAGGUUUCGUGCCUCAAACAUGGCCUUCCCAUGGAAUAAAGGCACUUUAUUGUUUGCAACUACUGUAUUUUUGGUUAAGGAAGGAUGAAAGGUACAAUGGGGUAGAUUUGCCAAUAUAAUCAUUGUAUUUUUCACUAAGUUCUAAUUCACAUUGUGUCGAUUGCUGGAUUUAAUAGUCUAAUAAUUCAUUAUGGGUAAAAUCAUUUAUCUCUCCGCAUGCCACUAGCAACAAUAACAACACUUUACCUUUGAGUAGCAGAAGAGCAAGUGGCUGGCUACCCAUUGGGGCUGACUAAACCAUCAUUAAUUCAGAACUCAUGGAAACUAAAAGUCAAUACCGAAAGCAGUUUUUGUUACAAGCCUCAAAUUCAUGUUCUAAUUUACUUCAUCUUGUCAUGUAUGCUGGGUAAAAGUGCCUUACAAUGUAAAAAUUGUAUUUAUAUGUUCCCAAGUAGUAUCACUUGCUGAGGAGUAAUUCUGUCAUGGUGUUAAUAUUUAGAAGAAAUGUACCUCAGCAGUGCAUUUACUGUACAUCUCCUAUGUCCUUAGCUGUAGUUUUAAUAAGCAUGAAAAUGUAUGAUAGGUAUACAACAUUUACAUCAUUUUUUAAAGAUGAAAUACUGCCAUUACUGUCUUUUUAUGUGCAUUUUAGCUUGAAAUUUUGGACAGUUUGUCUUUUUUGUAAAGCAAUGUAAUCUUUGCAAGCAUAUAUUGAAGAUUAUUCUGCAGCAUUUACUGCCUUCCCAGAGGUUAGAAGUAAUGAAUGUGCUUUAUAGGUAAAAUAGAUUUGUUUAAAUUAACUAGUUAAAUUAAUAAGGUUUAUUUGUUCCUGGCAUUUUUUUCCAAAUAGGCAGCUUUUGUUUUCAUCUCACGAUCAGAAAACAAUCUCGAAUUUAAGAAAACUCGUCUUAUGAAACUGAUUUCCCUGAAUUUAGUUACUUUAGGUCUUUUUGGCAUUUCUUGCCCACAAGAGCAGUGUGUCUCUGUUCAAGAGACUCCUGGAACCCACCUAUAAUGGGAGAUUUUUUCCACAAAAUAAUAUAUUAAAUAGUUUCAUUAUAUCAGCAAAGGGCUUGCCUUUAAAAAGAUCCCUUCUACUGCUCUUUUCCCAGGGAGAGCUGGCAGGACCUGUCUACCUGAGCAGUUGUAGGGUACUGGGAGCUGGGGGAGGAAGGCUAUUGGCAAAAUUCCCUGAGACUCUGGUUUAUACACGUUUGAAGAGGUUCCAGGUGGUGGCACAAAGUGGCCACACAUUUAUUUGUGAGGGAAGCUACAAAGGGUCAGCCUAGCACCAGUGUAGGUGGCACUGGUUGGAAAGGGGACAUGGGCACUGUGGUUAAAGGGUUCACUCAUUCAGCAGGUGUUUGCCAACAGGAGAACCUGUUCCUAGAGCCCUGGUGGGAAUUCCACCUGCCAACACCCAUGGAGGGCAGCAGUGAAUACACCACUUUCACUCCACAAAGAUGAAUCUCCCUUGCGUACAAGGACUUUGCUGGUUUAGGGAGGCAUAAUUACACCUCCAUGUGCCAGCUUUGCUGAAUUUGGACCCAAGUCUCACCUUCUAGUACAGUGGUUCUCAACCUUUCCAGACUAGUGUACCCCUUUCAGGGGGCUGAUUUUGUCUUGCAUACCCUAAGUUUCACCUCCCUUAAAAACUAUGUGCUUACAAAAUCAGACAUAAAAAUACAAAAAAGUGUCACAGCGCACUGUUACUGAAAAAUUGCUUGCUUUCUCAUUUUUACCAUAAAAUAAAUUAAAUGGGAUAUAAAUAUUGUACUUAAAGUAUAUAGAGCAGUAUAAACAAGUCUGUCUGAAAUUUUAGUUUGUAACUUUGCUAGUGCUUUUAUAUAGCCUACUGUAAAACUAGGCAAAUAUCUAGAUGAGUAUUCCCUAAAAGACCUCUGUGUACCCCCAGAGGGGUACACCAACCCCCAGUUGAGAACCACUGUUCUAAUGGACAGCAGCUGUAGCAAGACCAGCAGCCGGGAAUUGCUUCUUACUGUUGUUCCAUAUAGGAAGGGGUAACUUCUUAGACCAGAGCAGAGGAGAUGAUAUUCCCACCCCACCCCACCCCUUGAAAUGUCACACUUAUCUGAUGUGAUAAUUGCUAUAAUCCAAGAAGAUUAGUAAAAUUGAACCAGUAUGCUAGUGGAAUUAACCUUCAUUAUCAGCACAGCAAAACUUAACUAUUAGAGGACUGAAAGUAUAUUGCAACAAAUAGUAACUCUCCUUCCAUUUCACUAUAAACAGAUUCCACCAUAGUAAUGAUGGAGGUUAACAGAGCACAGCUCUUGAUUUAUAUAUACUUGCUGAAGCAGUUUCUAUGUAUGCAUAUGUAUGCACACUCAGUAGUCAGCAGAGACAUCUCAACCCUGAAAGGAUUCUGGAGGACUGUUGCUUAUUGAAAAGCACUCAGAUUAGACCAGCUUUAACAUCAAUUUACAUCAGAUGUAAAGACAAGGAAUGUAUAAAGAGGGUAAACACAUUCCUAUCUGCAAUGUUAUGUAUAUUUUGUUCCUGUUAUAUUGGCUUUACUUCCAAAGUUGUAGUUUGCAGUAUUUUUUUUAUUGGUAUCAUUGCAUAUAUAUUCAAUAAAUGAGUUACUAAUUUCA